AGAUAAAACCAAGCGGUUCGAGUUUCAUCCGAUCGACGAUUUGGUUCCUUCAAUUAACUCGCAUUUGUAUUCCUCAAGAUCAGGCCGAGGGUUCGGGUGAAAAAUCAUGGUGAAAGCCGUAAUUGGAGAUGAAACCCAGCUCAAAUUGUUUGAAGAUCGGCUCACUCGUUCUGUCGUCCCGUCUCAGGUGGGGCUCGUAAUUGGGAAACUGAGUUCGAAGUUAGAUAGAGGAUUCGUGUAUGAUUUGGUGCCGACGCCGCCAAAUGACGCCGGAGAGGCGCCGUGUUCGAUAAUCGAUGGCGCUGGGGAAAGUAACAAAAAUAAGAAGAAGACCUCAGUGAAAGCUAAAUCUGAACCGGAGUCUUCAGCUCUCUUUAUUGAUAAGGACUGGGUUUCCGAGCAUGCGCGCCAGGUCUCAAGAAUGCUCCUGGGCGGCAUGAAGGUUGUUGGCAUCUACAUAUGGGUAAAUGAAAGCUUGUUCAAAAAUUCAACAAUAGCAAUAUGCCAGACUGUAAAAGGAGUUGCAGAAGCAGCCUCCUUAAUGAUUGAUUGGAGUGAAGCACUGCUAAUUCAUAUUGGUUAUAGCCCUCUUAGGUGGACAUGCCGGAAUUGCUCGCUUGCAGCAAAUAUUACUUCAAGCAGUCUACGGCCUUGUGAUUUUAAGAUGGGAAAAGUUUUGGGUUCCCUUCAAACAUUCAGAUGCACGUACAAUUUUGAUUUAAGGUUGCCUAUAUCCCAUGAUGACAAAUUGGACAUUAAAAGGUUUUCUGAUGUACUUCGCUCUGAAAUCACGGUCCAUGCAAAGGAACUUAGUGGUGCAAAGGCUUUGAUCAAUGGAAAAUUGGUGACCGAGGAUGAGCAAUGUGCAUCAGAUGAUUUUCAUGAAGUUGAAUUUCUUGUCCCUUUUUUGCAAGAUAAAUAUUUAGCAUUUGACCAGAUAGGGGUUCUUGGUGUUCUUCUCUUUAGAGGCUUCGUGUGUUCUCUUGCAUACUUGAAUUCAAAGGAACCUGUUUCACAAGCUUUGCUCGAUAUAAAGGAAGACAUCAUAAGGAGUCUGCAAAGUAGACUGGAGAUUAUGUGUGAUGAGGCUGAGAGGUACAUUGAAUCUGUUGCCGAGAUUGGCCAGGAGACAAGCAGCGAUAUACCAUCUGACCAACCUGUUCCACACUUUGACCUACAAGCACAAAGAAAACAGUGCAGUCUAUCAUUUCCUCGAAGAGUGUUUGUUCCCUGGCUGGAGGGUACUUACAUCUGUGAUUAUAUUCAGUCAUCUGAAACAAUGGAGGUUCUCAAAGAUCAUUGCACUGAGCUGAUGUCAAUAGAAGUUCCAACAGACACCUCUGAAAUUCUGGAGCCCGAGUCUGAAGCUUCUGCUGUGAUAACUACGACUACAAAAUCCUUUUGGGAUAUUGCAAUUGACAACUCAUUAGCCAGUUCACCAGUUAAUUCCGUCUCAAAGAACGGGAAAAUUGGGAAUGGAAAACCUGCCAAAUCAGUUACUUUUAAACCAACAUUAUCAAUUUUGGUUCUGAUCAUCGCUGUCAUAGUGGGACUAGUGUUCUAUGUUACUGGGAGAUAGUAGUUCAUAUAUAUAAACUCCCUUUGGAAGUCCUUAAGAAGUGCUAUAAUAGACUCUUAUUCUGUUAGUGUAAUUUACUCUAUUAAGUUAGUAGCGAAACGGUAUAGAGAAAGUUUUGGUAGUUGUAGAAUAGCUUUUAAUGUGUAGAGAAAUGUUCAACUUAAAAAACUGUUGGCACCACAUAGAUUAUAGAACUCAUUUGCCAUGAUUUUCGAAUUC